CAUUAAAAAGAAUAAGCCGCCAUAUUUGUUUACCCCACUCACUUACUAACGUUAUAUAGCGGGGGUGCGGAACUAGUAGCAUCUCCAUGGAAACGGACAUUGCCGGAGAACAACGACGCACAGUUUCACCGAUCUGUAGCACAUAUGGACGGUCUCUGAAGAGUCAGCGGCUCGCUGGACGGUUCGCUUAAGGCUAUCCUCUUCUUCAUUAUCUAUGUUACGUUAAUACGUUCCCAUCACCAUGGCCGUUUCGGUAGAGGAGGUUUCUUCGUCCCUUGUACGGGAAUAUCUGAGUCGAAAGGGACUCAAGAGGACGAUUGCCUGUAUGGAUGAGGAGCAUCCACGCACAGAGGCCAGUAUCAACAACAGAUCACACUUGAGGCAGAUUCUUAACAUAGAGGGUCUCUAUAAAAAGAAUAAGGUUCAGUCGUCCCCUCUGAAAACAUUACUGGAGAUUAUUGUGAAGCAUCACAUCAGUGGCCUUAAGAAUGACAAGAUGAUCAGCCAUGAAAGUGAUCCCCUGCAGUCUGCUCGAGCUAUGAACUCGAUUGCUAAUUCCCCUGCUGCAACACCAACAGUGAUGAAUAACACAAUAACAGAGGAUCUCACAACAGCUUUUGUUAUAAGCAAACACGUCAAAUUAAGGUCUGAUAUAGAAGAAAUCUGCCCAUCUCAGCCUGUAUACACAACAUUGUUGCCUAAUUCAGAUAGACUAUCCAGUCAUGAUCAAACAGGUCUCUGGGCUUUUGACUCAGAAGACCAAAAAGGCCAGUCACUGGUGGCUUCCCUCCAGGACAAUGAGAGCUUCAUCAAACGAGAACCAGAAAAGAAGACUUGUAUCACUGAGAGCACCCAAAGGAGCAGAGCUAAUCGAAUUAGACGUGGCAUGAUGGCAGGACCAAUAGCUAGUUCACGUCAGGAAUCAACCAAAAAGAGACAGAAUCGAAGGCUAGAAGUGUCCCAGCCGCUGCUCAGAAAAGAAGAAAACAGGCAUUCUACGGAUGGACUUUUAGUGACAGGCUUACAUCUAAAAAGCUCAGAAAGCGGCCUAACUGAAAUCAACUCAGCUGACUGCGUUGGAGGGCGAUGGGAGGUGCGGAGUGCACCACAGAGAGUGCAGAGGGAAAGUGGCUUUAAAAAAAUGGAACAUGACAUACUGAAGACUAAAAAAAUAAAGUCUUUUGCCAGGCCAAAUGUGGCUGAUUUGGAUGUGUCUGAGAUGGUUUUAGAUGACAUUGAUGAUGACGAUGAGCUGCGAGAACUCUCCCAAGUGUCCUUUCAGAGAACCAUCACAGAGCACAGCUAUGCUGGCCGCCCAAUGGACCAACACACUGCCACGGAAUUGAAAGCGGUUCUUCUUGGAUCCAGCCUAAAUUGUUUCAGUGUUGAGUGGAGGAAUCAGGGUUUCACAUUCUCAGAAAUGCAUGACCUGGGUUAUGGAAUUGUGCAGAAAAAGGGUGGUCCAUGCGGGGUUCUGGCAUCCAUCCAAGCCUUUGUUCUAAAGAAACUACUGUUUGAAAACAUCAAAAGCAGUGACACAGUCCUUCAGAGGUUAAGACCUUCAAAUGCUACCAGAAGAAAGUGUCUUGUUUUAGCUGCGGCUGAAAUUCUGUGGAGGGCUGGCGAGGAAAAGCAAGCCACAGUGGCAAUAAAUUCAGGGAGAAAUCAUUUCACCCCAAGUGGACACUACAAAUCUGAAGGAGUGCUGGAAAAGAUAACAUGUUUCACUAUGGAUAACAUGAAGGACCUGCAGUCGUUUCUUGAGCAGUAUAUUGAGCAGUUUGAGACUGGGAUGUUAGGAUGCAUACUGCUGACCAUAUCUGCAGUUCUCUCUCGAACCAUUGAAAGACUAAGAGAGGAUAUGGACGUGCCCACCGCCACACUCAUUGGAGCCCAUGGCUACUGCACUCAGGAGCUGGUCAACCUGUUGCUCUGUGGAAGAUCAGUUUCUAAUGUCUUUGACAAUGACAUGGAGUUGGACUCAGGCAAUGGCAACAUGACUCUACUCAAGGGAAUCAAAGGCGACUGUGAUGUUGGCCUGCUGUCCCUGUUCGAACAUUAUAACAUCUGUAAGGUAGGAGCUUACCUGAAGACUCCCCGUUACCCCAUCUGGGUGAUGUGUAGUGAAAGCCACUUCAGUGUGCUGUUUGGCCUGCAGAGGGAGCUGUUGACCAAUCAGGACAAAGGUCUGGAGUUUGACCUCUACUAUUAUGACGGACUGGCCAAUCAACAGGAGGAGAUCCGCCUCACUGUCUCUGUCGGCAAAUCGGCCCCGGCCUGUCAGGAUGACGACACUGAUCUCAUUCCUCCACUGGAGCACUGUAUCCGAACAAGGUGGAAAGAUGCAUUUGUCAAUUGGAAUGACACAGAGCCCAUUCUCUGACCGAUCACAUGGUUUGAUGUUAUUUAAAGUUCCAGUGUUUAGGAUUUAGUAGUGUCUAGCAGUGUAGUUGUAGAUUACAGGCAUAAAGGAGAAACUACGGUGGCUGCACAAUUUUAUUUAUUUCCAGGUGAUUAUACACUAACGAAAACAUCUGAAUUUAAUAUUCUCCCAAUAGAUCCUCCUAAAUGAUACACACUGGGUCUUUAAAUCAGGGGAAGCACUAUUAACUGACAAUAAACAUUUUGCAUCACCAAUACAGAUAUUUUUACACAGGUUUUCCUCCUAUGACAUUAGGUUUUCGGAGUAUUCAUCCAUAUAUUUUAGCAUUACUGUUGUUUUCUUGACAUGAUGGCCUGGAUAUUAUGUGUCACACAAUGUAUGUGUAGCCGGAAGGGUUUGGAAUAUGGCAUAUCAUGAUAUUUGAGAGCAUGUAAUUACUGUCUUUUUUGAAAGGUUUAGCAAUAAUCAUGAAGUAACUUUUUCUUACAAUGUACAAGUUUUCAGGAUGUCUAAUAGGCUACUUUUGUUGCUGGUAAAAAGUUGAUUACUGCAAGAUACACUAUUGACCACAGUGGCCUUUCACUUUUCACUCUGUACUUUUUACAUAAACAUAUUAUAUGUUAUGUAAUAACAAGCUGAUGUCCAUAUUUUACACUAAAUCAUUAUGAUUUUCCUGCUUAUUAGAAAUGAAAUGAAUAUGUGUUAUUUUAAUCAGGAAAUCUUGGUUUUGAAAUAGCCAAAAAUCCAAUUGCCUUUUAUUACAUGUGCACACUUUAAAUGAGAUAAUAGGUGGUACUGUUUUGGUUUCAUUGCUUCAGUUAUAAUUCUGAUGUGUAAAGAGAUUAGAUACAAUAAACACAGAGUGUGUGUGUGUGUGUGUGUGUGUGUGUGUGUGUGUGUGUGUGAGAGAGAGAGAGGGAGAGAGAGAGAGAAAGAGAGAGGAUAUUAUACAAAUGAAUUUUCACUUUUGAAACCUCUCACAAGGAGCAGAAAUUAAACUCAUUCAAUACCUCGA